CAUACUAAUACCAUUGAUUCCUGUAGUAUUCUCUCAUAAGACCUGUCUCAUCUACUGAGAACUACCAACAUCUAAAAGUUGCUACAUAGCAUAAAAAUGGCAGAAUUAGCGACUCGCGAUCCUAAUAAGCAUCCAGUGAGAAUUUUUGAAGCCCAAAAAGGCAAAAGGCCAGUCUAUAUAGCAGCUCCAAUGGUCAGGUACUCUAAAUUGCCGUUUCGACAGCUGGUACGAGACUAUCAAACAGACAUCGUAUAUACUCCUAUGAUUUUAGCAAACGAGUUUUUACAUCCUAAAGGAAGAUAUUUUGAUUUCUCUACAAACGAAAAAGACGCAAGUUUGAUUCUUCAAUUCGGUGUUGAGGAUCCCGUCAUCCUGUCGAAAGCUGCAGAACUCGCAGGUCCGUAUGUGGAUGGAAUUGGAAUCAAUUGUGGUUGUCCUCAAAGUUGGGCAAUUCACGAAGGGAUCGGAUCCGCGCUUUUGAAGGAACCCGAAAAAGUAUAUCAAUUGAUCAGAGCAGUUAAAAACACAUUAGGUGAAGAUUUCUGUGUUGAGGCAAAGAUACGCAUAUCAAAAAAUCUGGAUAAAACCCGUCAUCUAAUGCAAACCAUUGAACAUGCUGGUGCUGACUUUAUAACUGUUCAUGGCCGAACCAGACAAGAUCGUUCUUCAUUUCCUGUCAAUUUAGAUGCUAUUCGGGAGGUCCGUUCUUGUGUUAAUAUUCCUGUAGUUACCAAUGGAGACGUUGCUUCUCUUCGCCAAGGCUACGAAAUCGCUAAUCUCACAAAUACGGAUGGUAUCAUGUCAGCUAGGGGAUUAUUAGAAAAUCCAGCACUUUUUGCUGGAUUCGAAGAUACACCUUGGGGAUGUGUAGAACGAUUUGUUUCUUAUUCCACUGCUUAUUCUUUGAAUUUUCAGCUGUUUUACCAUCAUCUGGUUACCAUGAUGAAUAAAUUGAUCACGAAACGUGAGCGAAUGACUAUUCCCAAAGACAGUUUUGCUGCUGUUAUGGAUUGGCUUGAUGCAAAUUUCGUCGUACGUCGACCUGGAGAACCAUUGUUUGGUGAAACAGUGCUUCCUGUGAGACGAGAAACUUAGGAUGCUAAUUGUUAAGGAUUUUUCAUGUAACUAGUCUUUUAGGUUUUAAUGAGUAUGAAGAUAAUGGAUUUAGGUUUUGCUUUUGUUUUCCUUUUUAUAGGGGUCCUAGUACAUGUCUUAAAAAUUAAAUCAAGUUCGUUGUUUUAACCAAAAUGCCUUACAGAUUUUGUUCUCUCAGGAUAUGUAGUCAUUUUAAC